GCAUGAGGGGACAUCAGCCGCCUCUCCAAUGAAUGCCGUGACUCUGGAAGCGCCAGGCAGCCUGCCCGGCAUCGCAGACACCCAGGCCCUGCCCCGCAAGGACCUCGAAAAGAGACGAUGCGUCCCUCGAAUCCGGGCGGUCGGGGCGCUGGGAAUCAAGUUCAACUGGGCGCAGGUGGUCUGCCGGUUCGUGGCGGUCGCGUAUGAACUCGGAACGCUCGGCUUCAUCGCCUGGCUGUACAGCUACUGGCGGUCGGAGCCGACAACGCGGGUCGAUGUCCUCUUCCCGUCUUUCUUCCCGGUCAUAGUCGGCAUUCUGAUGGACGGGUACGAGGUGGUCUCGCUCCUCUUCUUGAACCGGAGAGAGGCCGUCAACCCGGUGGCUGUCUGCUUCGACGUCGCAAUGAUAGGGGUCGGCAUCUUCUGCUUUCUGAUCCUCGGCUCAGUGGAGCCGGGGGCCGGGGAACGGCAUGCGAGCUGGGUAACCGACAUGAACAACGCCAUGAUCUUCAUGGUGGUCUUUUGUGCCAUACACGCGGGCUUCAUCGUCAUGGCCGCCGGCGGCGUUAUAUCCAUAUACUGCUCGGCCAGCAGGAGGCGUCGAGAUGCGCAGCUGGCGAAGAGUCAAGCUGAAAUCGUCCAGUUUAACGAGAGGCGGCAGCAACUGAGUCAGCCCUUGAUAUCAUGAGAAGCCCAGAAGCGGUCUUGUUCUGGUAGAGCGGGCAUAAUUAGUUGCAAACACAACUCCCGGCCGGGACAUUGACGGGGUUCAAGCCCUAUUUAUUCUUUCAGAAAUGCAGCAAGCCCUAUUUAUUCUUUUCAGAAAUGCAGUCUGACCGUUCAAUCGCUUUCACUUUCGACAACUGCCUUCACUUCGUCUCGAGCCCCCUCCAUCACUUCCCUUUCACUUACGACGGCAUCCUUCGCUUCGUCUCUAGCCUUU